CUUCCCCUGUGAUCAUUCUCAUACAAUCCCUCAGACUGGAGACGACUAACGGAGAAGAUGCAUCUCAUUGUCUGGCUCACCUACACGAUGGCUGUUGCCAUCUCUGUAUCUUCGGCUUUCAACAUUGAUACGACAAACCCCCACAUCUAUACUGCAGAACAAAAUGAUUUCUUUGCAAACAAAGUGCUUCAAAUCAUAUCUGGGAAGAAAGGAGGGAUACUUGGGUCUGCACCCCAGCAGCCCAACGGAUGUGAAGAAACAAGCAAAUCUGAUCUAAACUCAACCCAUCAGUGCUUCAUUAUUCCAGAAACUUUACUCACAAACGAAACACCAGUCAAGCACUUUGGCCUGUCAGUAAGUGAGGACUCCAGAUGCUCCCAAAUCACUGUUGUCAGCCCAAGUGUGGUGCAUGAAUGUUAUGGGAACUCCAAUCUCAACAGCACACAGUACAGUAGCAGACCUGCGUACCAAGAAUGCACAAAAAAUGCAGUGGACCUAGUCUUUCUAUUUGAUGGAUCACAAAGUAUGGAAGAAGAAGAGUUCAACAAAAUUAAAAACUUUAUAGUGGAAAUGAUGAACAGCCUGAAGGACCUAUCAAUCAAGUUUGCAGCAGUUCAGUUCUCCACACAACCCAGGAAAGUUUUUGACUUCAAUGACUAUGAAGAGGGUAGAGCUCUUAGGAAUCUAAUGCAAGAACCUCAUAUGAGUGCUCUCACCAACACAUACAGAGCCCUCGGAUUUGUGUUAAAAGAAAUCUUUGAAAACUCAGCUGCAGGCGCCUGUCCUGAUGCAACCAAAAUAAUGAUACUACUCACAGAUGGAGUUCCAUCUGACACGGACAGAGAUAGGAUCAUUAACAGAUAUGAUGAAAAAAACAUAAUUCGCUUCAUUAUUGCGAUUGAAUAUCUUAGGCUGGAAAACAUCAGAGACUUGGCUUCAGAACCAAAAGACAAAAAUACCUUCAAGAUGGAGAACUAUGACGAAGUCACAGGAAUACUGGAAGACAUCCAAAAAAAGAUCUUUAAAAUGGAAGUGGCUCAAGCACAAAUGAGUCAGACUGGAUUCGGUGCUGUCUUCUACAAAGUUUGCAGACCAAGUGAAACCCAUGAAUGUAAGGAGAACUCCUUUGUGAACAGCGUGUGCUACAAGAGAAAAGAUGACCCUCAGCCAAUCUCCUCGUUCACACCUGCUUUCCAAGAAAGCACAAGUAAGAAAAUAGACCUAGUCUUUCUGUUUGAUGGAUCAGGGAGUAUGACCGAAGCAGAGUUCAACAAAAAUAAAGAUUUUAUAGUGGAAAUAAUGAGCAGCCUGAAGAACUUGUCAAUCAAGUUUGCAGCAGUUCAGUUCGGCUCAGUUCCCAGGAAGGUUUUUGACUUCAAUGACUACGAAGCUGGUCGAGAUCUCCAAAAACUCAAGAAAGAACCCCAUAUGAAGUCUCUCACUAACACACACAAAGCGCUAACAUUUGUGUUGGAGAACAUCCUUGAGAACCCAGCUGCAGGCGCCUCUCCUGAUGCAACUAAAGUUGUGGUCGUCAUCACUGAUGGAGAUCCCAGCGACAGAGACAGAAAUGGGAUUAUCGCCACAUAUGAUGAGAAAAACAUAAUUCGCUUUGUCAUUGGGGUCAGAGAUGCUGGGCUGGACAGAAUCAGAACCAUUGCUUCAGAACCAAAAGACAAAAAUACCUUCAAGAUUGAGAACUAUGAAGGACUCACAGGAAUACUGGAAGACAUCCGAGAAAAGAUCUUUAAAAUGGAAGUGGCUCACGAACAAAUGGGUCAGACUGGAUUCAGUGCUGUCUUCUACAAAGAUACUUUGAUUCUGGGUUCAGUGGGAUCAAACAGCUGGCGUGGUUGGCUUCAGAACCAUCAUGAACAAAAAGAAACACAUUCUGAAGAUCCACUCAUGCAGAUGAACUCCUACAUUGGAUCCUCUAUCUCCACUGGAGUGAAGAAUAGCUUUUCUCUAUAUUUCAUGGGUGCACCAAGAUUUGAGCACACAGGACAGGUCGUACUCCUCACACACAAUUGGAAGAAAUGGACUGCAGCCCAAAGAUUAAAUGGGGAUCAGAUUGGUUCCUAUUUUGGUGCAGAGUUGUGUUCAGUAGAUGUCGACUCAGAUGGUAACACGGAUUUCCUGCUGGUGGGAGCUCCACGGUUUUCUCAGGAAGAGAAAGAAGGCCAGAUCUAUGUCUACGCACUGACUGAUGAGAUGCAACUGAAAAGUCAACUGAAUGUGACUGCACCAUCCAAGGGAAGAUUUGGCACCACAAUUUCCAGUCUUGCAGAUCUGAAUGGAGAUGGACUCCGAGACGUUGCUGUUGGAGCCCCUCUUGAAGAUGAUAACAGAGGGUCUGUGUAUAUCUACCUUGGUGACAGGCACAAAGGGAUACGCAGCACUUUCAGCCAAAAAAUCAGGGGAUUGGACAUAAAACCUGAGCUCAGAUUCUUUGGACAUGCCAUUGAUGGGGACUUUGACCUCGGAGAAGAUGGACUCCCAGAUAUUGUGGUUGGCUCACAGGGCAUGGCUGUUGUGCUAAGGUACAAGCCCAUCUUCAAUGUCUUGACCCAUCUGUCUUUUCAACCUGAGGAGAUAAACACUGAAAGGCUUCACUGCCCUGGCAUUUCAGAUGAAAUUUUACCAAUGGUUACCAUAACAGCCUGCUUUGAAAUGAUUAAUACAACCACAACAGGCAUAGCAGGGGCAAUGAACUCCGGACCAAUAAUCUCUUUCACACUGGAUGUGGAUCCAAUGAGACAAACAAAUCGGGGUUUCUUCAUUCAAACCGACAAAACAGCCAGAACUCUUACCAGCACCGUAGAGCUGAAGGAUAAAGAUACCUGCCGUAACUACUCCAUCUAUAUGCCAAGAUGUGUGGAUGACACAUUAUCACCCAUCAUGAUCAGACUACAUUUUUCCCAAGUUGACAGUGAGAGAGCGAGUGCCAUCCUAAGCAUGGACAACAAAAGGCAGGCAGUUGUUGAGAUUAAUUUCCGAAGUUAAUGGAAAAAAGAUGGAUUUUAAGGAUGCACAUCUGACAAGCAGCAAGAGAGAAGCGUGCUUGGGAAAAGGAGUCUGAAGGACAACAAUGAAAAUAAACAUUAAUAAUAACUUAAUUAAUCAAAUAACAAUGCAAUGCUCUUCCACAGUACUGAUAUUGGCAAUGCUUUGUCUAUUCUUUGCAAAUGUAAGAUCAAUGCUUAUCCAUUUCUUGCUGGCCCAGAACCCUACCCUCUCCUGUAUCACAUGUUGAGGCAACUCGCUGUAUUACAACAUAUAAUACAACAGAUCUUUGUAAUCAUGUAUAAUCUGUGUAUAUCACAAACAUUCCUGUAUACACACUGUCAAGUAAGUUGAGAUCUCUACUCGCCACCUAAUAUGACGUAAUACACAAAGUCACUGUGAUAAUUGUUGUUAAGUGAUCCUACUAUGUGAUGUGAUGGUGUGAUACACAAAUGACAAAUGACUGAUGGAUGUGGAAAUGAUUGUAAUGAACGAAGUAAGUGAUGAUUAUAUGUACGAUGAUAGUUAAAAUGUUGAAGUGAUUUGAUAAAAUAACUGUUGAGACAAAAUGCAAGAAUGAUCAGUUAAACAGUAUGUGUGGUGACUGAAGUAAUCAUAAGAAAUGUUGGUGACUAUGAUAUUAAUUCUGAUGACUGUGUUAGAAAGAAGCAACAGUUAGGGCGAAGCCAGUAGAAAAAAGGGAACUGAGAAGGGCGACGUUGAGCUGAGACAUGUUGUAACGUGUUGAACGUGUGAAGCUGGACCGAGAUGUGGGAAAGAGAAGUUAGAGGAACAGUUCUCACUGUUGUCAGGAUUACAGUACUGAUCUAGGAUUACUCUGACUUUGGAUAAAGUGGAGAGCCUCAGCUGAGGUCUGAAGCCGGACAGUGCGUUAUAGUUGCUUGGCCAGGCAACUUUCCCGUUUUCCUCUCCAAAUUUGAUGGAUUACAAUUCCCAGCUACAGCUUCAUUCAACACAGGCAGUUAGGGUAAUCCAUUUUUUGAUCAUUAUAUGCUGUAUGCUUGCACCUUUCUAUAUUAUCAAUAAAUUCUCAAUUGCAUUUAAA